UUAUCUGUGACACGUUCAAUCACAAUAACCUCAACUGCACACAGACACACAUUUGCAGACACACACUGCAUCCUACUCUUUCCCAAAAGGCUGCUUUUUUAUCAAACAAGAUAGACGCGCACACACACCCAUUCACAUCCACAAACAGUUCCCGAAUCCUCAUGGGGAGAGGUUGUGUUUUCAGUUUAAAAGCACCAUCUUCAACUUAAGUGUAGACAGAGGAUUUUUGUGGAUGUGUGGAAGCUUUUGUUUUGGUAAUCUCUGAAAACAAGUACAAAAUAUUUUCUAAAAAAACCCACUUGAAUAUUUCUGGAUCCUUUAGCUGUACCCACUGAAGUUCUGUCUCUUUGGUCAGGAUUGCACCAACUAGACAAUGUGUAGGGUCCUGAAUAUUCUAUCAGCUCUUUUGAGCCGCUUCCUGUUUGCAGUGCAUGGCGUAGUGACAGUGUGGCGUGUGGUGGAGGUGACAGGCGAGGCUUCCUAUUGGCUGCUGGUGAUGGGUGUGGCACUGCUGGGGGUGGAGAUGGCCAUAACUGUCAAAUACACACGCAACACAGAAUGGCGAUGGUUCUCACCUAUGGUUUUUCUUUACCUGAGCACUGUUAUUCCCUCAGUCUGGUUCCUGGAGCUAAACCUCCUACAGUCCAAUUUGCCCUUCAACUCAAGCACAAACUCUGAUCCGCAACUCCUCUCCCAGAUCCCGCUAACAAUGGGCUUGGAGGAACUUGAUCCCGAGAACUGGGUGAAGGCUCUAGAGCAGACUAUGCUGAUCAUUUUGGUUGUGGGCCGCUGGCUGAUGCCGAAGGGCGACAUGUCCCGUGACCAGCUCUCUCAGCUCCUCAUGGCUUAUGUUGGGCUUGGAGCUGAUAUUCUGGACAUUUUUGACACUUUUAAGGAGCCGCAAGUGAAGACAAAUCCGGCUGUGAUCAUUGUUGGCCUGAGUUUGUUCUCCUGGGCCUUGAUGCAGUUUCCUGUUGUUCUCACCCAGACCAGUCAUCCUAAAAUCCAGGAAGAAGAUCAGUUAGCGGACGCGCCGUGUGGGGAAGCAUGCUGGACUGUUUCCUGCUGCUCCAGUGAAGUCUGGAGCCUUCUGCUAACUGUGGGUCUGCAGGAUGGACCGUUCCUGAUUUACCGUCUGUACCUCAUGAUACGUGAGAAUGUUCUGAACCAGCUGAUGAUCUUCUUCACAUGCAAGAACAUCCUUACUGUUUUGCUGGAGGUCUACAGGAUUUUUGUUGUUCAUUUUGAACAAAACAAUUCAGAGAGGAGAACGCAGUCAAGUGACCCGCCUCAGAGACACUCAGAAUGGACUGAAGAAGAGAAUGUAGAAGUCACCACUCAGGAAUAGCGUCUACCUCAUUUAUUCAUUUACUUUUCAGCUUAGUCCCUAUGUUAAUUAGGGGUCGCCACAGCGGAAUAAACUGCCAACUUAUCCA